GGAGUUUGCUGCCACUCCCUGACUUGUGAGUGUUUCUGUAUCAUGUGAGACGAGUUGUUUGCGAGCAGAACCUGUCUGGCAGGUCUGAUUUGGGUUUCGAAAGAAGGAGUGGCAUGCAGAAACCAGGGGACUCUGUGAACAGGCUUAGUCUUCAGGUAACACUUGUCCUGUCUUCUUAGAGGCUUCUUCCACUCUGUCCUGCAACCAUGGAGUCUAGGCUUGGGAUUGUGCUGGUUUUGAUGCUGGCAGCUGUAUCAUCAGCACAGGACUGUACCUGUGCAACCAACAAACGGACAACGUGCGCUCCGGACCGGUCUGGGAUCUGCGUCUGUAGGUUGAUCGCUUCAGCAUGGGUAGCAAAUUGUUCGACAUUGACUUCGAAAUGCCUGCUGAUGAAAACAGAAAUGACCCCGUCAAAGGUCAGGCGCGUCCCCUCUCAUGGCUUUUUGGACAACGAUGGCAUUUAUGAUCCAGAUUGUGCAGCCAGCGGUGCUUUCAAGGCCAAGCAGUGCAAUGGGACUGAUACCUGCUGGUGUGUGAACAGUGCUGGAGUAAGAAGAACGGAUAAGGGUGAACGGACAAAAUUAAAUUGCAGCGAGCUAGUUAGGACAAACCACAUCUUCAUCGAGCUCAAACACAAGAAAAGGUCUGAUCCCUUCGUUAAUUCUGAAGUAGCAAAUGCUUUGAGGUACACCAUUCAAAACCGAUACAAACUGCAUCCUAAUUACAUCGGAGACAUUGAUUAUGAGUAUCCCUUUAUCUCUAUUAACCUAAAACAAAAUGCUUCCCAGAAAUUGAACAGUGAUGUUGAUAUAGCUGAUGUGGCUUAUUACUUUGAAAAAGAUGUCAAACGCGACUCCAUAUUUCAUUCCAGUAAUCCAUUCUCUCUGUCUGUCGGGGGAAAGCCUCUGGAUGUUGAAGAAAUGCUAAUCUACUACGUUGAUGAAAAGCCACCAGAGUUUUCUAUGAAACAGCUGACUCCUGGUGUUAUUGCAGUGGUGGUAUUUGUGAUAUUGUCUCUUUUCAUUGGGAUUACUGUGCUGGUUAUUACCAGGAGGAGGCGGAUAGGGAAGUAUAAGAAAGUUGAAAUUAAGGAGAUGGGUGAAAUGAGAAGAGGACAGAACGUAUAGUUGCUGUAAACUGAAGAUGGAAAUAAGACUUUGAAAAAAACCGAAUGAAAACAGCAGGAUUUAUAGUGUGUUUGUGUGGGUGGGUCUGAGGGCAUGUUUUUCUAAAUCCUGAAGCUUAGAAAGCCAUUGUUAUAAGACCCAAAUGAAUUUAGAUACUUAAGAAUAGUAAUAAUUAUUCUCUCACAUAUACAUUUGUCUGGGAGCUGUUUAAAACCUGUUUCAAAGAAAAGAUGGGGAGGCAUCUUGUUGCUAAAUUUUCCAGGCAUAUAGUUAUAUUUUCAAAGGACAAUAAAGUUGUUACAAUUUGUAGCAUAUGUAUUUGGCAUAGGUCAUAAUACCUGCAUUCAUAUGAUCAAAGCUCUUGUUAAACUUCCUUAUGUACAUUUUAUGGCGCUCCUUUUUUGUCACACUCCAUUACUGAUGCUUGAGUUAUGUGCUGGUUCACUUGACAAGUAAGGUUGGCUUUCUGUUUUAAAAAGAUGUUUUAAGAUAGGCUCUU